AUGGCACAGCCCGUGCCUCAUCAACCAACUGAUCGAAAGCGCGUUAAGGUAUACGAGCUUCGAAACAAUGAUUGGUUUGACAGAGGUACCGGCUUCUGCAGCGCGAGCUAUGAGACUCUUGAAGAUGGUCGCAAAGACCCGCGCGUAGUCGUCGAAUCAGAAGACCAUCCCGACCGUCUUUUAUUAGAAACCAAGAUUCAAAAGGAAGAUGGAUUCCAGAAACAGCAAGGCACGUCUACAUAUACCCUGAUUGUGUGGCAGGAACCCAGCAGUGGUGUCGAUAUGGCUCUGAGUUUCCAGGAAGCUGAAGGAUGCGCAUUAAUCUGGCGUUUCGUGAGCAACGUCCAACAAACGUUUCACAAUCAGCUAUCCGGCGCUGAUGAUGGCCUUUCCGAUGAACUGGCUAUUGACCAAACGCAAUCUAUCAACUUGCCGUCCCCCGAACUCGGAAAUCUUGCCGAUAUAGAAUCGGCUAUGCGGAUACUUAGUGCCACCGCUAAUGGCCGAGAUGGACUCGCCAAGACGAUUAUGGCUGAAGAUUUUAUUGGCAAGAUCGUUCCCCUGGUUGAGAUGGCGGAAGAUCUCGAGAGUCUCCAAGAUUUGCAUCGACUUUGCAAUAUUAUGAAGACCGUCAUUCUUCUUAACGACACUUCGAUUAUCGAACACGCAGUAUCAGACGAAUGUGUCCUGGGUGUUGUUGGUGCCCUAGAGUACGAUCCUGACUUUCCUAGUCAUAAAGCCAAUCAUCGACACUGGUUGGGUAACCAAGGCCGCUACAAAGAGGUGGUUCCGAUUGAAGACGACCAGAUCCGCAGGAAAAUUCACCAGACAUAUCGAUUGCAGUACUUGAAGGACGUCGUACUCGCCCGUAUCCUCGAUGACCCCACCUUCUCGGUUCUCAACUCUCUCAUCUUUUUCAACCAGGUCGACAUAGUUCAACAUCUGCAAACCAAUGCAGCUUUCCUUAGCGACCUUUUUGGCAUCUUCAGUCCCUCGAACGAUGACCAGAAGAGGAAGAAGGAAGCUGUGCUGUUCAUUCAACAAUGUUGCGCCAUCGCCAAAAACAUUCAGCCACCAAACCGUCAGACACUAUACAACAACUUUCUGGCCCAUGGACUUCUUCAAGUCAUCAAUUUCGGAUUGCGGCAUCAUGACGUUGGCGUUAGAGUCGGAGCUACUGACAUCCUGAUAUCUAUCAUCGAUCAUGACCCUCAGAUGAUUCGACAAACACUAUACCGACAAGUACACGAAAAAGUGACCCCUCUGACCGACUCUUUAAUCGAUCUUCUUCUAGUCGAGGUUGACCUUGGUGUCAAAUCUCAAAUAUCCGAAGCCCUCAAGGUUCUCUUAGAUCCUGGCCCACAGCAAAUGCAAAGUGAGGCUUUUCAAAAAGCAAAUGAAGUGUUUUUACACGAAUUUUACGAAUCAUCAGCACCGAAGUUGUUCAAGCCAUUGGUCGACUUGGAGAAGCGAACCGAUAUGAAUUUUACCGUCCAACAGGCCUCGAUGUUUACGUAUCUUAUUGAGAUCUUGACAUUUUUCAUCCGCCAGCAUACUUUGCGCGUCAAGUUUUAUGUCAUGAGUCAUGAUAUUGUCAAGCGCGUGUCUCAGCUCCUCGCGUGCCCCGAGAAGUUCUUGCGACUAGUUGCAAUUCGCUUCUUCCGCUCAGUCAUCGGCAUGCAAGAUGAGUUCUACAUCAAGCAUCUCGUAGAGAAGCAAGUGCUGGGACCCAUUCUCGAAGUACUCAUCGAAACCAUGCCUCGCGACAACCUAUUAAGUUCGGCUUGUCUCGAGUUCUUUGAGUUCAUCAAGAAAGAAACUCUUAAAGAUGCCAUCAAGUACCUUGUUGUCAACCAUAGAGAACAACUAAUGAGCUUGAGCUAUAUGCCGACAUUCCGGUACAUCGUUUCUCAGUACGACUGCACGCAAGGAUACACCUCGAACGUCGAUUAUUUCAUGGAAGGCGAAGAUGAGAUGGGUAGAAGGCCCCCACCAAACACAAGACUGGCGGAACAAAUCACUGUCGACCAAGAACAAGAGGAGUACUGGGCCGUGUCCGAUCCUGAAGACGAAGAGGACCACAGCAAGGAUGGAGAGAAGACGCCGUCUACGAAUGGAUCUAUCACCUCGAAGCUUCUGGUCGAUUACGCGUCUGAUGAGGAGACAGACGAGAACGCCGACCCCGAAGCAACUCCUGAGCAUAGUGAUGUGGCAUCGGAUGCUGUGGGCUCGCCGAUCGACUCGAGCCUGGGAGGAGGUGUACCGCCACCAGAGCGACUUUCAGAGAAGCGUCGACGUGAAGAGGAAGAUGACGAGGAUGAGAUUGGAAAGCUGAUGCAGAAUAAGCGACGCAACAGCAGUGGCUCUAUUACCGCAAUCUCAAGCAACACACGUGGCUUGACAAAACGCAAAAGCUUCAAUGGUAAUCCCACCAGCGGCGGUGGCAAGAAGAUAGCCAUCAGUCUUUCUCCCAGCUUAAAAGCAGGCAGUGGCCCAGGUUCGAACGAGGAGUCGUAA